AGGUUUCCCAUGUAUUUGGGGAUAUUUAGGGAUGAACCUGGGAUGAACAUCCAGCUAUGCCAUCAUGGGCCGCUGGGCUAUGAUGCUCACCAUUUUUGAGAUCACCAGAUAUCCACAGCCUCAAGUCAUUUGUAGCUGUGGGUCACUUUACCACCUGCACCUUACUAAUCGAACCGUGGCAAGGACGCACGGCCAUUCACAUGGCUCGAAUACAUAUGAUCAUAGCAACGCUGUUAGCCAGAUCAAUUACUUCUCUUGCGGCAGAAUUGGAUGUUGCGAGAAGUAUGGCAUCGCCAAGGACCUGUGGAGCCAGCGCACAGGGCAGGAGUUUGCUGCAACAGAAUGCCUCAACGCUAACAGAAAAUCGAGGUGAGAAGGCAGACGAGAGAUAUGCGUUGUCAUUGCUAGUCGUCAGAGAGCUUCGGGCAGAGGAUUGGACAACCGUUGUGCUUCCACUCAUUGCAGUUGUAGUUCUGGUGGUAUCGUUUUACAUUUUCCUGACUCCCCCCAAGGUGCCCAUCGCCCCUCGGCCUUCAGAGAGGCCCCGAGAUUCGCGUGCGUCUGAGGGGAGGCCUAGUGCCGUUCCGGGCGGCGCCCCGCGACCUUUGAGCAUGGUACUCUGCUCAGAUCUCCUGGUCCAAGACGGCCUGGAGUGCACCCUUGUCCUCCCACGCUUGGCGGCGCUGAGCACGAAUGCUCAAGUGAAUGUCUCCGACACGAAAGGUGGAGCAGUUUUUCGUAUCAAGUUCUCUUUGAUUCCUGACCGUGAUGGUACCAGGCUGGUCAUGUCCAACCAGAGCGGAGAUAUGACCUUCGCAACAGCUUCGGAUAGCCGGACGGUCAAGGCUGGUGCUGCGCAGCAGCGAUCGCUGUCCAUAAUGAACCCCAAGGACCCUUCCAGACAGUACUUGCUCGAAGACAAGUCUGGUGGAGACUUUCAGGUGUCCAACACAUCGGGCCAAUUUAUCCGAUUCAUCUCCAUCCCUGGCGGCUUCAACGCCAUUGAUGACCAGGACCAGUUGCUAGCCUUCCUAGACCCACCAGUGCGAAAUAAUCCAGGACAAGUGGCCCGAAUUGGGCCUUUGGUGGAUGUUGGCCUCAUAGUGAUGUGUUUCUUGGGAAUCGGUGUCCUAACAAAUGACAAGGAAAAGCAGCUGGGAAAGAAGUAGGCCAAACGGCGACGCAGCUUUCCCCAGCUUUCCAAGAGGAGCCACGAGCAACUCCUGCGUGUCACUUGUGAAAA